AAUCCCUCCCUGGAGUAGUCAUGGCUCUCGUGUGCAAUGUGUUUGAUAUGCUUUACCAGCUUGCCAAUCUAGAGGAGCCAAGGAUAACGCUGCGAGUGAGGAAGCUGCUUCUCUUGAUUCCCACUGACCCAGCUAUUCAGGAGGCCCUUGAUCAACUUGAUUCCCUGGGAAGGAAGAAAACACUGUUGUCAGAAUCAACUUCUCAGUCUUCAAAAUCCCCAUCCUUGUCUUCAAAACACCAGCAUCAGCCCAGUGCUAGUUCCAUACUAGAAAGUCUUUUCAGAUCUUUUGCCCCAGGCAUGUCCACCUUCAGAGUCCUCUACAAUUUAGAA